AUGUACUCACGUGAGAAGCUGGAGAGGCUGCUACGGCAGACAAAAGUCACAACACAAAGCAUUCAAAAGGUAUCACAAUGGAUGCUUAAUCAUCGUCAGAAUUUGGAAGAUAUGGUGACGCUUUGGGACAAUUUGAUUCGUGAAGGCGAAGCAGAACAUCAGAUUGUCUACCUUUAUGUGGCAAAUGAUGCGAUGCAAGUGGGUGUACGUAAGUUUGGACGACAUAUUGCUGCAGCUUUUGAAGAAAAACUAGUGGAUAUUGUACAACUAGUCAUGAAAAAUGGGGAGGAGAAAGUAAAGCGCUGCGCUAUUAAGAUUGUAGGCAUCUGGAAGGAACGGGGGGUUGUGACACCGUCCCUCCUGGCCAUGCUGGAGAAUGUGUGUGCAGGAAAGCCUGCAAUAGAAAAAGUGCCUAAAGCCGACAUGAAGACGGAAGAGAAGACUGCAAAACUGUUGCAAGAGAUGACAAGUGAUACGACAGUGGAAAGAUUGUUGGAAGAUAUGCCAGACGUAGCAGAGGCAGGUGCGACCACACAGUUGGGCGCACAUGUGCAGGAUCUGGUCAAUGCCACGAUCAGUGCAGAUAUGCUGAGUGAUAGGAUGUUCCAGUUGGAGUCGAGUAUCAGUGUCUUCCAUCAUGCGUGUGCGGAGAUGGACGAGAAAGAGGAUGACGAGGUCGUGAUAGUGGCAGAUGAGAAUGAAUCGACAUUUCCUACUGCUGGGGGCAUUGCUUGGAGUAAAUUGGACCAGCACGUGUACGACCUGGAUGUAGACAAUAGCCGUGGUCACGUCGAGCAAUACCGCAAGAAUCUUAUGGACCAGACUGCAAAACGUGAAGCGCUGAUUAGCAAUUUGCGGGGUCUUGAGAAUUCGGAUUUGUUUAUAUUUCCUCAAGUGGCAACUACUGAAGAGGAGGCAGAUCAGCAAGAGCGAGCGUUGGAAAGGCUCUAUAUUGCAGCCUGUGAAGCGGAAACACUCGAACAAAAGCAACUUGAGGAACAACGUGCCGAGUUUCGUGCAAGGCAAGCUGCCUUGGCUGCGUCUGCUUCAGACCCCUUGUAUUCAGGAUACCAGGCAGCCGAGGAUCUAUAUCGACCAGUUGCCCCGACGAUAUUGAUGCGCGGGCGAAGUGACAGUGGAAACAGCUAUGUAGGCUAUCGCAGGUCUUCUCAUCAAGAUGACCAGCUCCACCGACCAUCUCCUGCACAUCGCCGCCACAGCAGCGCCUCAGCGACAACGGACCGUGGCUUCAACCACGAUCAACACCAUUUUGGCGGACAGCACGACCAAUAUAACGGACAGGAUGCCCGUAACGGCGGACAGAAUGACCGAUACAAUGUGGCCUUACCCUCUACCAGCAAGCGACCAAAGCUGCACCACUCGCACAGUAUGGAACUUCAACACAUGCAGUGGCAAGACAUUUCUCGGCACUCACCACCUCAAGGCAGAAUUUCGCCAAAUUCGUAUACUGCUGUGGGACGAGAUAACUUGACGUACUCACCUCGUAACAACCGUUAUUCGCCUAGGGACCACUACCAGGUCCCGCCGCAACCGCGCCACGGUCGUCGUACUCGAUGGGACUCGAUGCCAGAGGAACGCUACAGCAACGACUACAAUGACCGGCGCUGGUGA